ACAAAUACUAGUGGCUAAUCCCUUAAAUCAUAAAAAGUAGUCCGGGAGUUCCUGCCUCUUAAACGCCGAGCCCCUCGACCAGUCGACCUUCCUCCGAUCUUCUCCUCCUCCAUUUCGCUGCAGUUUGUCGGUCUUCACUCUUCUUUGGUGUUCUGCAACAGAUGGAGGUUUCUCCGGCGAAUCGCCUCCCGGAAGCUGAUUCCUUGCCCGACGGCUUCGUUGAGAUUUCAGCGGACCUCUCUUCGCCGCCGACUCCCGACUACAAAGAGUCCUUCGUCGAUCGCCAGCCACCGGACGAACAGUUCGUCGACCCGUAUCUUCCGCCCUCCGGGUCAGGUGAGGAAGCCGUGUCUCCGGGUCUCCUGGUGAAUGGUUCGGAGAAACUGAUCGCAUCUACGGGCCUUUCGGCGAAAAGGGACAGCGUCGGAGAUUGUCCUAAUUCGGAGGGCAGAGACGGGAUUUCGGAGACAAAAUCCGAUAAUGAGGCAUCCGAGUCAAGCAUACCGAAGAAUGAGGUUUUGUUAGGUGCGGCAAUUGAAGGAAACAGCCAAAGAGACAGCAAGAGUUCGGAAACAGAAACAAAGGAUAAGAUGGAAUUGCAUCCGACAAGUCUAAAGGAAAGCAGUGAAACAAAACGUAAAACUGUAAAGCGUAACACAAAGUCUGAUAAAGAGCUGCUAGAAUUUACUUUGAAGUAUCAAAAAGUUGUAGCAGAAAGAGAUGCAGCAAUCUCUGUUCGUGAGAGGCUUGAGUCACUUUGCAGGGAGUUGCAACGUCAGAAUAAAAUGCUGAUGGAUGAAUGUCAAAGAGUAUCCACUGAAGGACAGAACAUGAGACAAGAUUUAUCUACAAAGUUCAGUGAUGCAAUUAAGGAUAUCAGCCACAAGCUUGAGGUGCAAAAGGAUGAUUGCCUUUCUCAGCUCAAUGAAAAUGAGAUGCUGAGAAAUAAGUUAAAGCUCCUUGCUGAUCAGUAUGCUCUGUCUGAGCAACACUUUGGUCAAAAGUUACAGCAGAAGGCAUUAGAACUUCAGCUCGCUGAUCUGAAACUUCAGCAACAGGAUGAGAAGUCAGCUAAGGAACAAACACAGAUCCAGUUAUAUGCUGAACAGGUUUCACAGCUUUUGACAACAGAGAAAAAUUUAAGAUUACAACUAGCAGCUGAUGAAGAGAGGUUUCAGCAGUUCCAGGAUGCUUUGUCAAAAAGUAAUGAGGUGUUUGAAGCAUUUAAGCUGGAGAUGGAAAAGAUGACAAAAUUAAUAAAGGAACUUAAGAAAGAAAAUGAGUUCUUGAAGGGCAAAUGUGAGAAGUCAGAUAUAGCAAUCGUGAAGCUCAUUGAGGAGCGUGAAUUAAUGAAGAAACAACUGGAUAAAGUGAAAACCCAAAAAGAAAAGCUUGAAUCUUUAUGCCGGUCGCUGCAGUCAGAGAGGAAACACAAUUUGGUCAAGGCUAACUCAGAUCCUGUUGCCGCACAGGUAUCUACAUCCAGUGAAGAUCCAUAGCAACCCCUCAGGACUUGGUAUCUAUCGAUUGUGAUGAACCAGCGUUCUGUAUCGCAAAUGUGAGAGUUCUGCAAACACAUAAGAAAAAGUAGCAGAUCAGAUUGUGUAUCCCCUUUACAGGAAAUAUAAUUUUCAUGGACGAAGUAAUCAAGUUAGGAAAGUCGUUUUAGAAUUAUGAGUACAUUUCAAAGAGAGGGAUACAUGCAAUAUGACAUGUGUUAAAAGUCAAAACAAUAGAUUAAUCAAGCUUUUGUGAGGCA